GGCAGGGGCUAAAAGGGGCCUUUGCCCAUUUAUAACUUUGAAUUUCUCCACUAGGAAGAAGUGCCCAGACAAGAGAUUUUUGUUAUAUGACUUCAUGAAAAAUAGUGAAAUGUCAGGCUCUUCACCGUUUAAGAUGCGAUUAGUUCAUUUGGACCUUAAAGGAGCUCCACCAAAAGUUUCCUACCUCUCGGAGGUCUUUCCUCUGUUCCACGCCUUGGGCGCCAACGGGCUCCUCCUCGAGUAUGAAGACAUGUUUCCCUAUGAGGGCCGUCUCAGGCUGCUGAGAGCCGAGCACGCAUACAGCCCCCCCGAAAUCAAAGAGAUCCUACAUCUGGCUACACUGAACAAGCUAGAGGUCAUUCCAUUGGUGCAGACAUUUGGACACAUGGAGUUUGUGCUGAAGCAUGAGGCUCUCACUCACCUCCGAGAAGUGGCACUUUUCCCGAACACCCUGAACCCCCACGAGGCAGAGGCCCUGGCGCUGGUGGGAGCCAUGGUCAGCCAGGUCAUGGAGCUGCACCCGGGCGCGCGGUGGUUCCAUGUCGGCUGCGACGAGGUCUAUUACCUUGGCGAGGGCGAGGCCUCGAGACGGUGGCUGCAGCAGGAACGUAACACCAAAGCAAGACUGUGUCUGUCCCACAUAAAGGCAGUGGCCUGCCACGUGCUGGCCCGGCACCCUGCCACAAGGCCCCUGGUGUGGGACGACAUGCUGCGGGCCAUCCCCGAGGACCAGCUCUCAGCAUCGGGGGUGCCACAACUCGUGGAGCCUGUGCUCUGGGACUACGGGGCCGACCUAGACGUCCAUGGCAAAGCUCUUCUCAUGGAAAAGUACCGGAAGUGUGGUUUUCUCCGGCUGUGGGCUGCCAGCGCCUUCAAGGGGGCCACGGGGGUGAGCCAGGCCCUGACCCCCAUCGAGCACCACCUCAGGAACAAUGUGCAGUGGCUGCAGGUGGCGGCCCGUGGGCCUGCGGACAUGCUGCAGGGCAUCGUCCUGACCGGCUGGCAGAGGUAUGACCACUUCUCCGUGCUGUGCGAGCUGCUUCCCGUGGGAAUCCCAUCCCUGGCCGUCUGCCUGCAGGCGCUCCUACACGGAGGGUUUACCGAAGACGUUAAAGCAAAAGUGGAGAACUUUCUCGGGAUUUCAAACCUAGAAGUAACUGAUUUUACAAGUGAGGGGCCCGGCUCCUUCCCUGGCAGCGACAUCCUGGCCCUCGUCACGCACGUCAGCCUCCACUUGCACAGCUCCGUGGACACGCUGCUGGAGAGAGACAGGUACGUGAGCGGCUGGUUCAGCCCUUACCACCGCAGGCGGAAGCUCAUCCACCCGGUCAUGGUCCAGCACAUCCAGCCCCAGGCGCUCAGCCUGCUGGCCAGGUGGAGCGCCGUGGUGCAGGAGCUGGAGGCCGCCCUGCUUCGUGUCUUCUAUCCCGACGCCGUGGAGGAGUGGCUGGAGGAGAACGUGCAGCCCAGCCUGAGGCGGCUACAGGCCUUGCUGCAGGACCUUAGAGAGGCGGCUGGCGCCAGGCCGCACAAGGCUCAGGACCCCUGAGGGGGCGGGCCGGGCACCCCGUCCAGCUGUGUCCAUCCUGGCACCGGCAGCCCGCCUCCCCCUGUACCCGAUACUCCCUGCAACAGGCCCCACCCAGGGAGCAGACGGUUCUCGCUGGGAAAGACGAGUGGCGAGGUCCAGGGGACACGCUG